AUGAUUGUAGAUAUAGCCGAUAUAAUCCCUGUACGAUUUUUCGUUUAUAUAUGUGAUGAACACUAUGUACAAACAUUGAAUAGUUUGAAAACAUUCAACAGACAUCCAACUAAUAUCGAACUAUCUGAACAGAGAGUUCUGUCAAAACCGGUGUGUACCAAUAUUGAUGAUUACCAAUUAAAAUUGAAAAGCCGGGGUAAAUUAGAGGAAAAGGCUCAAGACAUCAAGUGUAGUUUUUGUGUUAUUGCAAAAUCAAAAAUAUCGUAUCUGAAGAACUUAAUUGAAGAGUUAAAAAGUGGACAACAGUCUUUCGUUGAUAUCAAGGCAGACGUAAUACAGCUUGAAAACGAAGUCAGAAUUAUACUUCACUUAUUAAUGUUUACAGAUUUGGUGACGGGCAAAUGGAUUUGGAUUUAUUUUUUGAAAGUCAUCGCCUUCAGUCGAUUCGGUGAGAAUGAACAUUAUAUCCGGAAAAACAUAUUCGAAGACGACCAACUGGAAUCCGGCGUUUCGGAAUUCAUUAAAAAAUGUACGGCCGAUGGUUACCUACCUGCGCUAGAAUCCGAUUUGGUUUCGGAGAUUCCGAGUAUACACAAACAAAUGUUCGACGAUUUACAGAAACUCGGGUGGGAUUUAGAAUUUUUUUUUAUCAACGGUUAUGUUAUGGUCACGACGGACUUUUUAUACCUGAAACCAUUUUGGAAGGACGAGACUAAAUUUUUGUUCGGACAAAUAACCGGAGCCACUGUCGAUUGGAGUAAGGCGAAACGACGGUUUGAACUCGAAGUGGCCGUUACCAAAAAAUUUGUGGAGAACCGCACUUGGAUACACGAACCGUACGGUCGUCUGGACCACCAGCACAUGCUGGUCAAAAUUGUCGAUGCCAGAUUGUAUUGCUACCUUUCGGUUGUACUGCACAUUUAUGAAAAACAACUAACCAUACUCGAAGGAGAGACGCUAAAAAACAUCAAAGACGAUGUAUACAAAGUUAUCCAAUACGCUUUGAGUUUGACGGGGUUCAAAAACGAUUUCCUCGUGGCCAUCAUGUCAGAAUUCAAGUUUGCAAAAACAAGCGACACCCAAGAUAUAGAUGACAUUUCGGCAAGAGCGAGGGCAAAGGCCGACGAGACCCUAAACGAUUUGAACGGUGUUAGUAAAAAUAAAAUCGAUUGGCUCAGUCCCGUUAGCCUACAGCAGUUACAAACCGCACAUAUGAUAAUGGGAGUCAUUGACGAUUUCAAUGGCUUUUUGAACGAAUUAAAACGCAUCUGCUUGCCGUUCGAAUACAGAGGGAUUUUGCAUUUUAUAGACGUAGUUGAAAUAUAUGCUAAAUAG